CAUCACGUGGGUCGGUGAACUCAAAGACAGUUACUUAAUUUUAUUGUAGGUGAAACAACGCGAUUCGUUUUUAUGACUGAACAAAAGCACGUACUAUGUCCAUGAAUAGAACAGCAUAAUAAAACGAUCGAAUAAAUAAAUUAAAAAAAAAAACACUAACACAAUUCAUUUUUGACUGUGAUCAACUUUUUGUUUAAUGUUUUAUUGAAUGUUGUUAUCUAUUCCCGACUCUCGCACCCACCCGAGGCCGCGCGGUCUCGUAACACACAGAGAGCCCCGCCGCUCUAGUUUUGCACCGGCGGCUCACGCUAGUCCACAGCCGCCGAGGGGUGGUGUUUCGCCACGGCGGAGGUGGGGCCUUCUUACUUCCUCACUCAAACACAGCCUGUCCGCCCCAGCAUCUCGCACAGAUCACCAGCGCUUGCUGCUUCGGCGAGGGGCGGUGAUUUGUCUUCCUUCCUGGUGGAUUUCCCUUUUAACCCCGGUACCAACAUGGCUGCCCUUACAGCCUGGUUCUGGAACGAGCGGUUCUGGCUCCCACACAACGUGACCUGGGCCGAUCUGGCGGACCCCGAGCCCGGGGUCGAGUAUCCCAAAGCUGGACAUGUCCUGUCUGCCUUGCCGCUGGCCCUGGGGAUCUUUGCCGUCAGGAUACUGUUUGAAAGGUUCAUUGCCAGGCCGUGUGCCUUUCUAUUGCGGAUACAGGCCAGUGGUCACAGAGUAGCACAACCCAACACCAUUCUAGAGAAAGUGUUUACAUCCAUAACAAAGUACCCUGAUGGCCGGCGUCUCGAGGGGCUGUCCAAGCAGCUGGACUGGGACAUCAUAAAGAUCCAGCGCUGGUUCCGGCUCCGGCGCAACCAAGACAAGCCGAGCCUGCUGACCAAGUUCUGCGAGAGCAUGUGGAGGUUUACGUUCUAUUUGUACAUAUUUAUCUACGGGGUUCGAUUCCUCUUGCAGACGCCCUGGCUGUGGGACACACGGCAAUGCUGGUACAACUACCCCUAUCAGACGCUGACCCCGGGGCUGUACUAUUACUACAUCACAGAACUGGCCUUCUAUUGGUCCCUCAUGUUCUCACAGUUUACAGACAUUAAAAGAAAGGACUUCCUCAUCAUGUUCGUGCACCACAUGGCUACCAUCGGGCUGAUCAGCUUCUCCUACGUGAACAACAUGCUGCGUGUGGGAACCCUGGUCAUGUGCGUGCACGACGCCUCGGACUUCCUGCUGGAGGCUGCCAAAAUGGCAAAUUAUGCGAAGUACCAGCAUCUGUGUGACAUGUUAUUUGUGGGAUUCGCCAUGGUCUUCGUGGGAACACGGCUCGGAAUAUACCCACUGUGGGUCCUGAACACCACUCUGUUUGAAAGCUGGGAGAUCAUCGGUCCCUACCCCUCCUGGUGGCUCUUCAACGCCCUCUUGCUGGUGCUGCAGGUACUGCACGUCAUCUGGUCCUACCUCAUCCUGCGCAUCGCAUUCAAGGCUUUAAGUCGGGGGAAGGUCUCCAAGGAUGACCGCAGCGACAUAGAAAGCAGCUCGGACGAGGACGAGCAGGUGGUCAAGGACCCCAGGAAGCCAGCGGUCAUCCACAGACACCCGACCACUAAAGGGGAGAACGGAACCAACGGCCACCUGACCCUGGGGACAUGGGCACAGGAACACUAAAAGGGGGGGGGGGGUCCCUAAUCACCCCCGAUCAAUAAACAUUUAUCCCCAAAGGACUGAGAAAGCAUGAGAACGUCUCAGACGGGACCAGAGAGGGGAGGGCAAAACAGUGACAAUUUUAAAGAUGGGACGAAGAGCAGCACUCCGCUUCUGUUGUUGGGCCCUUUUUAUCAAGCUGAGUAGUUCAAAGCCGUGUUUAUGUUGUGUGUACUUGCCGUUAUGUACUUGUUGUUUGUUUUGUUUGUUUUUUGUUUGGAGACAGAUUAAAAGAAAAAUUACUGCUAUUAUUAUUAAACCAAUCUGCCUGUUUUGA